ACGUAGCGGGAGAGCCAUCGAACGAACGACCAAAAGAAACGACUCGUUCGAGCGCUUCCCUCUGCUCCCUCGUUUUUUCCCUCCAUUUCAAACCCUAACCCUAGCAAGCUCCACCCCGUUCCCGAACCCCUCGAAAAACCCUAGCAAUUCCAAUCUCCUCCUCCGCUUCAUCUCCUCCCCGUUUCUCCAAAUCGUCAUCGUUCUCCGAAUCCCUUCUUGAUCCCUCCGACCCACCAAUCUCGUCCCCAUUGGACCCGGUGCCCUGAAAACCUCGUCCACGUUCACGGAUUUAACCCCGAAUCCAUCCUCCAAUUGGUGGCGAAAAUCGUCGAUUCGUGACCGGGGGAUUGGAUAUUUUAGGUCAAGGUGGUGCCAUGGUGGUUCUUUCUUUGCUUUACUAGAACCAGGGCAUUACCAGCUAAGAGUGAAGUUGUGUGUUAGGUCAUUUUACGUCGAUUUCCCCUCUGGGUUUUAGUAAUUGGGAUAGGGGAUUCUAGAGUUUCCGUUUCUUGUUGCAUUGAGUGAGGUGUUGUUUGUGCUGAUUGGGUUGGCGGCCUAUUUGAAGUAUGUUGUGGUGAAUGGUGAGCUAUAGUGGCUCGCGGGAUGAUUGAUGGACUUUUAAGUGAUGGGAUAGAGUAAUUUGUAGUUGGUUUUGAGUGUCGAAUUCACUGAAUUGUGUGUUGAGCUUUUGUUGAUUAAAUGGUGGUUGUGGAAUGAGCAAGGGGAGAGUGGUCGGUGUUGGAAGAGAGAUGAAGUGGAUAUGAGUAGGUUGUCAUUUAGGCCUCGUCCUCUCGACAUCAACAAGAAGCUCCCAAUAGUUAAAUCCAUCAGAGAGUUUGAGGAUGACGAUGCACCAACCACCGGAGCUUCCACGCGCAACUCGCACCUGCUGCGGGCUGCGGCAGAAGCUGAUAACGAGGUGCAUAGAGUUCCUGCAAAGAAAAGCUCAAGUGAAAUUCCUACCCCGCAAUUCAGUGUUGUGGAUACAUAUGAAAGAGAUUAUGCUCGCACCUUUGCACAACCUACAUCGUAUUUGCGUGGAAGAGGAGCCAGAGCUGAGAUUGGCGAAUUUGUUGAGUAUGAUAUGGACAAUGAGGAUGAGGAUUGGCUUGAAGAGUUUAACCAUGAGCGGAAGAUUCUUACGGCUGAAAACUUUCUUGAUGUAAGGGAAGCUAUACAUGAUGGGCAGUGCAGUGCAAUUUUUGAGAAAUUUAUUUUAUUUGAGGCCCUUCUGUUCAAAUUGGAAGUUUUGGAUCAUAAAACUCGAGAAAGAGCAGGAGUCAUUACUCCCACUCUUGGGUCACCUAUUCCAGUCUUUUUGCAGCUUAAUUCUGCUAUAGAGGCAUUGCAGUCCUUAUCUGUACGAUAUGCAGUUUUUCGGUCUGUACAUAACUACUGGAAAGCAAAGCGGGAGCGGUGGCAGAAACCUAUUCUUCGACGGUUACAGCCUCCUCCGCCAGUGAAUGAUACAAAUCCCUACAAUGUGUUUAGACCGAGGGAAAAGGCUCCUCGUCUUCACACAAGAAGGAUGCAAAGGAGAGAAAACAAUGCCCAAUCCUUUGAGAAGCUUCGUCUGGUUAGGCGUAGCUUGGGCCAGGCAAAGACACUAUUGGAGGCUCUGAUUAAGAGAGAAGAAAAGAAGCGAGAUAUAUUGGAGUGCGAGGUCAGCCUUCAACGUAUACAAAUGAAAUAUAAGCAUGGGGCACAGCUUGUUGAAGACGGAACUGCAUUAGUAGGCUCCCAAUCAGAUUCAAGCGAUGAAGACGAGUAUAUGGAUUCUGAGGAUGCAACAAAUGAACGAACGAAUGAUUGGCCUUCGAAUACUCAAUCGAGAUUGCAAAAUCUAAAGCUAAGGGUGAUUCCCCCACAGCGGGUAAAGCAUGAGUUGAAACAAGAACCUCUGCCUAAUGGUUGGCUACGCAAGAGGGAGGCACAAGAGCCAGUUAUGCUGUUCACGAGGCCGUUGGAUAUAGAGAAGCUCGCUGCUACAGGCAUCAGCGCGCCAGUGGGUCCGCCUGUUGAAGAUGGUUCGGCCCCUACCCUGCGGUUUCACGGAAGAAUUGGGCGAGGAGGGCGCAUCAUCUUCGAUCGGUUUAACCCGCUUCUUCGGUCUUAGCAGUUAAUUUGUCCCCAAAACUGCUUGUUGCUCAAAAGUUCUUCUCCUGCUGCUUGGUGAUUCGGCAAUGGAGAUCAAAGUCGAAGAGCUGCCGUUUAACUGUUAGACAGCAGCUCGAUUCGCCAAAAGAGAGAAUGCGAGCUUUUAGAGACAGCUGGUUAUAUGAGGAAAAGCUGAUUCAUUAAAUAGGAAAAAGCCGAAAGGGGUGUGGGGUAUUUUUUUGGGAAUUGUCAUUAACAUGUUAUGGGUUAAUCUCUUUCUGAUCUCUCCCACCCUUGUACAAUUAUUCACAAUUGCAUUUGAAAAGGCUAGGGCAUUGUUUCCCCCCCAAUUCUUGUGUUCAAUUCUGAGUAGUAAAGGUGCCUAUGGGAUUUCAUGUAUCUUGUCCCUUGCUCAUUACUUAGAAGGGAAUAGAAGAUUUUGCAAAACUAGUACAGAUCAAUGGUCCCUCUACUUCCAAUGUC